ACUUAAGAGAGAAGACAUAACAUAGCUAGAUGAGGGAGGCGGUGCUGCGAGGAAAAUGCGAUCUGUAAAGCUCGCCAGUCAAGCACCCUCUGCAAGGGCUGCUAAAGUGUCAGUGUCGGAGACCGCCCGGACAAUGCUCUCCAACAUUUAGAGCCCCGUUUCUUGUGCAGUAGGUGUUCGAUGAUAGGUAAGCAGACAACAUACACGUGUGUUGUACAGUCGGAGAGCAACUGCCUUCGGCGUGGAAAACCUGAGCAUGUGGCGCAUCUCGGGGCGUACGCAGCAAAGCGGAGCAACGGACAGCUCGUCUCUUUAUUUCAUCUUUUGCUGACGAAAGCUUUUUAGACAAACUUCCGACAGUUUGGACGUUUUUCUGCUGCUCUUUCUUUUGAAAAGGCCUUUCGUAACCUGAUUGAAAGAAUUUAAUGAUAAUUUAAUUAUGUUUCUACACCUGGAUUUUAUAGCGAUCGACAUUUUUAUACUUGCCUCGCUGCCAUGAUUUAAAUACCCCGUGUCUUAAGUUUCCAAAAGGGACAUGUUCCCCGAAAUCAACAAGGCGGCUAGACCAGAAGCUUUCCCUCACCCACCGAGGGCACAGGUGGAAGACGCACGCCUGGGAACCAACCGCAAUCUCUCCCAGAAGCGCAGGACAAGGACUGGCACUUUGCCUCAACUUGAUCCACCAAUCAAACAGGUGGUGGUGACCAAUGGCAGACUCCUACACCAAACAGAUGGCACCUUACCCAACAUUGUAAAACAGCUGGUGCAGAAUGUCCAACAAAGUCAGGAGGAAAGGGAGAGGUCAAGGCCUCAGUUUCCUACGCGGUUUGGUUCCUCGGUGGACAGCAUUUCCGAGUCAUUAACCAGAAGUAUCAUCAACAAGUUUGAGAAGAUCAGGACCUAUGAGGGACAGAAGCUGCCCAUGUCACCAACAGCUGCACUGAAGCACUUUCAGAAGCAGCUUACCGUGUAUGAGCAGGAGGAGAUCAUGGAUUACUCUGAGAUCUGGUACCUGGGACUGGACACCAAGAAGAUAGAAGGCAGCCAGGAAUCUCCACACAAUUCUGGCUAUGAUGAUGAGCAUGGAAACUACCUCAAGGUGCUUCAUGACCAUAUCGCCUACCGCUACGAAGUAUUAGAGGUGAUCGGGAAGGGCUCCUUCGGACAGGUCCUCAAGUGCCUGGACCAUAAAACAAAUGAGAUGGUGGCCAUCAAGGUCAUUCGCAACAAGAAGAGGUUCCACCAACAGGCGCUUGUGGAGCUGAAGAUCCUGGACGCUGUGCGGAGGAAAGACCGCGACAACUGCCACAAUGUCAUCCACAUGAAGGAGUACUUCUCCUUCCGCGGCCACCUCUGCAUCUCCUUUGAGCUCCUGGGAGCAAACCUGUACGAACUGAUCAAGAAAAACAACUUCCAAGGCUUCAGUCUGGCUUUGAUCCGCCGCUUUGCACACUCUCUGCUCAAGUGCCUUCAGAUGCUUCACAGGGAGAAGAUCAUCCACUGUGACCUCAAACCGGAGAACAUUCUGCUCUCCAAGCGAGGGCAAGGGAAUAUCAAGGUGGUGGACUUUGGGUCAAGCUGCUAUGAGCAGCAGAGAGUGUACACAUACAUCCAGAGUCGUUUCUAUCGCUCACCAGAGGUGAUCCUGGGCCAUCCAUACAGCAUGGCCAUAGACAUGUGGAGCUUAGGCUGCAUCCUGGCCGAGCUCUACACGGGCUACCCCCUCUUCCCUGGGGAGAGCGAGGUGGAGCAGAUCGCCUGCAUCAUGGAGGUGCUGGACCUACCUCCAAGUGAAUUUGUUCUGACAGCUUCCAGGAGAAGGCUAUUUUUUGACUCAAAAGGAAACCCACGAAACAUCACCAAUAGCAAGGGGAAAAAACGUAGCCCGAACUCCAAGGAUCUUGCCAGUAUGCUGAAAACCAAUGAUCCAAUGUUUUUGGACUUUAUACGCCGCUGUUUAGUAUGGGACCCCACUAAGCGCAUGACUCCGGAUGAGGGCAUACAGCACGAGUGGAUCCACGAGGGCCGCCUCAACAAGCUCCGCCCCUUCAGGAGACCUGGGGAGACUGAAAACAAUUGCGAGUACACUUGCCGCAGAACAACCACCAACAGGACUGGAGAGAAGUCUGGUCCAGAAGACAGAAUGAAAAGGGAGAACGCAGCCAGAAGAGGCCCUGAGGAGCCCUCUGAACGCCUGCGGCCCAUCGGCGCCUCUGCAGAGCAGAACACCUGUGAAGGAGUGGGCAAGAGUGAGGCCAUGCACAGCAAGGACCGCCACACACACAACGACCCAGACAGCAAAGCAGAGAGCGACCCAGAGGCCAAGCCAGACAGUGGGGAGUGCGCCGCUGAAAUCAUCGUUAAACCUCAGUCUCAGGCCGAAUCAAAAACAGACUCAGAGGAGCGGGAGUCUCACUAUCUUCUGCCAAUCAUUUAACAAUAUAAUUUUGAUCCAGAAUGCAUUGGCCACAGGGUUAAGACUAUCCUGGGUAGCUGCACUGAUAGAGUCUGCAGGAAAUCUACCCUUCUCACCCUGAAUUUAUGUCGCUGGAAGCUCAGAAAGGUUAGUGUGUGCUUGCUUUUAGGAUCAGUCUUCUACCACCGUCUGGUUUUGGGUUUUGUUUUUUUUACCAAUCAAAAGAAAACUGAAAGUCAGUAGUGUAAAAUGAAUAUCCCAAUCUGUACAUUUUAACUGCAUCAAACAGAGUUAUUUAGCUGUCACUAUUCCCAAACUUGUUGGUAGCUUUUGGCUGCUUGUGCUAUACUUAGAAAGGUUAGACCUUACUUUAUGACUAAUGAAUGAAUCCUAUGAGCCCUUCUUGAAAACUGACAUUUUCUUCACAUACCCAGUAUUAUGCAUUCAUGUGAACAUUUAUUGUGUCUAGGCCCUGCUGUAGGCCCUGCUGUUAUCGUAUUGAAGUAACCAUGCUUUUAGUAACAUUGUGUAAAAAUGUCUUUACACUAGCUUUUAAUAUAGUUGAAGUUGAAUACUCAAGCAACUAUAAUGUGCAAUAUUUCUACAUGCUUUAAAAAAUGUUUGUAUUAUUUGUUACGACUUGCCCAUUUCUUGUUUAGGUUUAGCCUUGUUGUAAGAUGGAAUCACUACUACCUAUGGGAGUGUAAUGAGCCUGAGCCAACAAGAUGUUCUCACGGUCAGUAGAGUUACUGCAGUCAUUGUGUUCCUAUAGAGUACACCUGACUCUGAUCAUGAGAUGACUCUGCUGUAUUAGUGAGGUCAGCACAGCAGAGACGGUGUCCAAGACAGGAGCAGGACACACCUGCUUUACAGAGAGACACAUGAAAUGUUUGAUCAGAAUGUGACACAAUUAUGUACAUUUUUUACAACAUUUUUGCAGAAAAUUAUUUGAUUCUGUUGGUGUUGAUUAAAAUGAUCGUGGUGAUGAUUGUGACAAAGUAGUAUUAAGAGUGAAGAAUGUGAUAAUGUUUGAAAGAAUGACAAAGGCUUUCACACUGAGAAUGAAGAGUACUGAAACCAACAAUGUAUCUUUUAUUUUAAUGUUUAAGUACUUUAUUGCUAACAUGUCAGCUUUCGGAUUUUGUUUUUCUGUAUAUACAAUUCUUACAUUUUGCCAUGCACUAUAAGUGUAUGCCAUGAGGUGAUGUAAACUUAGACAAGGUUUUACUUGUUCUUGUAUUGAUCGUGCAUAUUAUGAAUGAAAGAAAAUAUUUUUACAACCACAA